GCCUUGCUCGCCUUGCUACCCCUGAACUCUGGAGAUAUGAAUAUGGAGUCAGUUCACUCCUUCCCGCUCCAUCCCGGCCCCACCUAAGCACUGGUCUACCGAUCCCACCACACGGUGUCAUUACGAACGCAAUGGCCGGCCAAGGUCCACCCCAAGGUGCAACGACAGACAUGAACGCUGCCUUCGUCGACUCCUCCUUGCUUGGGGUAGCUAUCUCCUUACCUCUAAUUGCGUCAAUUUGCGUGGUCCUGCGAUUCUGUGCAAGAAGACGGCGAAGUAGUGGAAGAAACACGGGCGAUGACUGGACCAUUCUGCUUACUCUACUCCUCUGUUGGGGACACUCUAUCAACACUAUCGUAGCCGGUGGCCUCGGCGGUAUCAACAUCAUCAAGAUACCGCCGCGAGAGUACGCCAACAUGGCUUUGCGAACAUUAUGGAUCUCGAGCUUCUUCCUCAUAUCGGCCCUUUUCACCGUCAAAGUUUCGAUCCUGCUUUUCUACUGGCAUAUCUUCUCUAUCAACCAUCGCUUCCGAAAAGCAUGUCUUGUUACGAUUGUCAUUCUUACUCUGUGGUGGAUAUCUUCCUUGAUCCUCGUCUUUCUAUCCACCGAUCCUAUCCAAUCAGCCUGGGAGAAUGCUGCCGAAGCCAAGCAUCGAUUCGAUUUCAACACCUGGUAUGUUUCGUACUCAGGCUUGUCCAUAUUCUUCGACGUGGUCAUACUCUGCUUCCCGAUUCCGGUCAUAAAGUCAUUGCGUAUCAACAUAAAGCGGAAGGUCUCAAUCAUCGGCAUCUUCUGGCUGGGAGGCUUCGUCUGCGUCUCCGCCACCAUACGCUUCGUCCUCCUCUACAAUUCCAUCUAUCGGCUCACCGAUUACGGGGAGAACCAGUACAGCUCCAUCACCACAGCCUUCAUCUGGGCAGAGAUCGAGCCGAAUACAUCUGUUAUCGCGGCUUGCUUGCCGACGUAUGGUCCGCUGUUCAGAGAAGGGGGCAUCUUCCCUAAACUUUUCCAGUCAUUGCUAACGGCUUUGGGCAAGUCGAAGGGAAGCGCGCACGGGUCUACCCCAUCCGGCGUGAGCAACGCGACUACUGUUGGGUAUUACGAACUAGACAAGGUAAUCAGCAACAGCAAGACCACAGGCGACAUACACACCCAAAGAGUAACACCGAACCGGGUUCCAGCAAUUGGUGGUGCAGGAGGUGACGGGCAGGACGUGAGGCGCGCUCCGAAGGCCCGACUAGCUCGUUGACGCGGAUCGCUCGGGGCUUACAGGGGUUACCGCACGGAGUUCGGUGCAUACAGCAGCUCUCUGCUUGUCGCACGCAUCGUAGCGGCGAAAGCGGUCGUGAACUGACUGAAUUUUGAGAAAUGCCUUUUCUUUGGGACCAAAGGUUCCCGUGGUCUUCCACUGCCCUCUUAUGCUUCCCUGCAAGCACUCGCCGUUGCCAGAAAACUUUUACGAGCCAAGCCCGACUCUGCC